UACUGCGUUAAUUUUUUCCCCUUCGAUUUCAAGCGCAUGCAACGGCAGCUGUGUCGUCGCUUUUAGCGACUUUAAAGUGUUUAUCAACAAAGGAAAUAGAUCUUACUUAAAACCAAGAGUGAAAUGAAUUAAUUUGUAAAGAAAGAGCUUUCAACAUGAAAGACACAUCGGAAAACCAUCCAACCUCACGGCAGUCUGCACGUCCAGAGACGACAACAAAUCUCCGACCUAAAGGCACAUCUUACUCUUCUCGCCAUAGUCAGACACGACCUAUAACGACUGACGUCGAGGAGACACCUUCGGCAGAGAGUCAGCGGCCGGGUGUGAGGCUGACAUCACUUUCUGCCCUGUACCAGCCCGCUUUUAAGCCAUAUUCCUUCACUCACAUGUACGACACAAAAUACAACAGUGAUUUUAAAGGCAGAUAUUGGCCGCCUCCUGUGCCAAACAGGGUUUCUUCUGCCAACUACGCUCCAAUCAACUACAGAUUUGGCUCCACGACAUACCAACGACACUUUCAACAGAGAAAACCCUUCCCUACUGCGUUUGUAAUUCCAUAUUCUCGUCACAACAACCCCCAGCCAAACAUGGUCAACUCUUAUAACUGUCCGGAUGGAGUAAAAUGGAUAUGGAAUCCUUCCACAGGAACUAUUGGAAACGCUAAUGGAGGCGAGACACAAGGGAAAAACAGGCUGCGGAACCACAGAUGGUAUUCCAGAUAACACAGAAACAAAAACAAAUCAGCUUGAAUGGUUUUUUUUUUUGCAUUUGAGACUGAAAGCAAUUUCUUUGCUUGUGAGUUGAGAUUUAUCUUUUAAAAAAGGUGAUAUUUUCAAGGCAUGCGUUUUUUUCUGCCGUCCUUAAUGGUAGGAAGAUCUCAAAAACCUACCUGGAUUCUAAUAGCAGCUUCAUACCAGUGUAGAAUUAGAUUUAAGGACAUAAGCUCCCAUUGAGGAACGUGAGAUCGUUUUGCAAAAUUUCCAUAUGAGAUUUUCAGGGCUGGAAUACACUAAACGACGUCAAAGUUCGUGCGGCAGUGCCUUAAGUAAAAAGAAAUAUAAUUUGUAGAUAAGUUCAAAUAAAAUGCAUAUAUUUUUAUUUUGUA